AUGGGCGAGAAAGGAAAGAAGAGAAAAAGGCCUCUAAUCCCAACUGGAGAAAACGUCUGCUCUCCCAGUAACAAGUACAAGAUAGUCAGCCUGCUGGGAUCAGGUGGUUUCGGAGACGUCUACAAAGUACAGCAAUUGGGAACUGAUGAAUUCUAUGCGCUCAAGACAGAAGACGUCGAUAUCGAUUCACGGUUGAAUAGAUUAAAGGUAGAAGCUACCGUACUCAACGCCUGCAGUACUGCUCAAUACCGUAAGCAUUUCUUGCGGUUGGUCGAUCGAGGAGUGACAACAAAGUUCAAAUUUAUCGUUAUGCCCAUAGUCGGAAUGAGUUUGGACAAGAUCCGUCGUGAAGUGCUCAGUCAUGCUCAGUUCUCAAAACAAACGGCUAUCAAAAUUUGCGUGCAGACAUUGAAUGCUGUACGUGACCUACACGACAUUGGAUUUCUACACAGGGACCUGAAACUCGCCAACUUUGCAAUAGGAAUCGAUCGACCAUCACAUGAAACCAUUUUCAUGCUAGAUUUUGGCAUUGCCAAACGUAUCGCUGGAGAUGAUGGAAUCAUACCGGAACCUCGUGAAAAGGUAUCAUUUAUGGGAACAAGGCGGUAUGCAUCCAGAGCUGCUCAUCAAAUGAAAGAGCAAGGACGUAAGGAUGACGUGGAAUCAUGGUAA